AUGGCCGAGGCAUCGAAUGCGACCCCAAAGGCGACGGCCGCCGCGCGCGAGUUCUCUCUGGACGACGUGGCGCCGCACAACUCGGCCGACGACUGCUGGAUGGUCCUCCGCCAGGGCGGCAUCCGUCGGGUCUACGACGUCACGCGGUUCCUCGACGACCAUCCGGGCGGACCGGAGAUUAUGGUCGACGUGGCCGGACGCGACGCGACCGACGAGUUCGAAGACAUUGGACACUCGAACGACGCGCGCGCGCAGCUGCAGCAGUUCGCUAUCGGACAGAUCGAAGGCGACGUGGCGCACGAGGCCGCGCCGGCCACCGCGCGCAAGAGCGGCGGGCAGCCGGUCACGGCCAGCGGGCGGCAGGACAUUAGCGGCCAGAACGGACCGUUGUUUGCGGUGCUCGUGGCGGCCGCAGCGGUGGCUGUGGUCUACUAUAAGUACUGGUGA